UCUCAUAUCCCUUGAUUUGGAGAUUUUUCUAGGUAAUGCAUGGAUUUUUUUUUUCAGUCUCCAACUGAUCUCCCACUUGUUUAAAUAUGGACCAGUAACUGCUUGCAAGAAAGGAUGCUUGUGGUCGAUGCUGAAUCAAAUAAAGAACUGGAGCAAUGGAAUGAAAUGCUAGGAAAUGAUGCUAUCAAACUCUGUCAAGAGAACAAUUUCAAUACAGGAUAUUUUGAGGGCAGCGAUGACAACUCUGUUGUUGAUGCUUAUGAGUUGAAGGUCAGACUAGAACACAUCCUUGAGAGAAUAUCAUUGAUCUCUGAUGCUGCAAAUACAGAGAAACCAUCAUUAAUCACAAAUAGCUUGUUCAUUGGUGGGGCACUAGCUGCUAGAUCCACUUACACUUUACAACAUGUAGGAAUUACUCAUAUAAUGUGUCUGUGUGCCAAUGAAAUUGGACAGUCAGAUUCUCAGUACCCUGAUCUGUUUGAUUAUCAAAAUUAUUCUAUAUGUGACAACGAAGAUACAAAUAUCAGCUCUAUCUUUGAAGAAGCCUCUGAUUUUAUAGAUCAUGUAGAAUCAAUAGGCAGGAGGGUUCUAGUCCAUUGCUUUGAAGGCAAGAGUAGAAGUGCCACAUUGGUUCUUGCUUACUUGACGCUUAAGAAGAACUUGACUUUAUUAGAUGCAUGGAAUGCCCUCAGACGAGUGCAUCGCCGAGCUCAGCCGAAUGAUGGAUCAAGAAUUUUAUUGGAUCUUGACAGAAAACUACAUGGGAAGGUAUCAAUGGAGUGGCAACAGCGGAAGCCGACAAUGAAAGUGUGUCCCAUCUGUGGGAGGAAUGCUGGUCUAAGCAGCAGUUCGCUGAAGCUUCAUUUGCAAAAAUCUCACAAGCGGUUAUCUUCAGGAAGUGUAGAUAGUGCCAUGAGAAUGGAGAUACAAAAUGCUCUGGAUGCUCUAAAAAGGACUAGAGUUGGGAGUGCGAGUCCUACACCGUCUUCUUCAGUUAUGGAAUAGGCAAAUCCAAAUCCUUGAAUAUUGAAGCGAUGGAUUCGAUGAGAAAUUACGUUUCUAAAGCCCCAGAGUUCUGGCAAAUGGAAAAUCUACCCUCUGUUUUAUUCAACAUCAAGAGGAUCAAGAUCAAGAAGAUGAGAAACACCUUAUUCUCUGAUGGAAACACUUUCUCAACUGUACAAUGGAAUGGAUGCGGAUGAUGGCGUAUCUCACAUGCUUUUUGCCAUUGCGUCAUCACUUGUCAUAAAGAAUUGUCCUAAGGCAGUGCGACGUUGAAAUGCUACGAGCCUUUUGUUGGUCGGUAGCAGCUGGGUAGCUUCCGCCUCCAGUUGAAUAGAAGCGUGUGGUUUCGGUUCAAUGAUUUUGAUUUUCGAUACGUUGAUAUUAUGUCAUAUUACCAUAUAAUAUAUUUAUUAAUUAUUUAAUGUA